AUGGAUAUCGAGAAGGAUAUUUCAUACAGUGAGUGUCUCUUUGAACCUUUGGAAAGAAAAACAUUUAUGGAGAUGGUUUGUCUUCUGGCAUCUUUUCCAAAAGCAAACGACGUGGAAUGCGCUUUUUGCCAGGAUUCUGUGUCCAUACACAACCUCCACGAUAUGUUCAAGGUAUACGGAUGUGCUCUUUCGUGUCUUAUAAGCCACAUCAUGCAUGUUCACGAGACAGACUUGUCUGUGCUCUUCAGUGUCGAGAAGUUCAUAAUGCAUAAAAUAGCAAAAAAGGGCGUUGCAAACGUGCUCGGUGUUCUGGCGUAUAGAAAAAGCACUAACGAAAUGUAUUCUGAGAUCCUGAAGGAUCAGCUUAUUGCUACAUUCAAGGAAAACUUCGUUGACAAGACGAUCAAAAUCAAUUGCGAGCAAGAAAUAGAGUCAAUAACAUACAGGUACUGCAAAAAGCUGGGCGAAUCAGGCAUUGCACUCUGCACCAAUCAUCUGGAGGUGUUGAUGAUCAUGCUGUUCAGACGAAACGAAUCGAUCAGAUUCUUCAAAGUGCUCAAGAAGCACAGUAUAACAUAUCCAAUAUUCAAGCUUGCGCUACUGCUUAGCAUGAGCUCAGACUCAAAUGUGUCCACGGCUGCAUUGAUAAACGACUUCAAAGGAUAUGCAUUCGUGGAUAGCACACUUACACAGAAUCAAAUAAAUGAGUAUCUUGAAGAGCAUGCGGACAUGCUUGCAUCAGGUAUUGAGCUGGAUGAAUGGGUGUCUGCUCGGCAAAAAAGCGUGUAUUGGAGCGAGUGUCUUGAUGUCUGGGCUGCAAACAGAAUGCAUGAAAUCAGCGCGAUGGACAACUCAAUGCUUGAACUCUGUGUAAAAUCCAAGCAUUAUGAGGAUGGAUGGCUGAUAUAUGAGACCCACUCGAACACAAAUAUUAUCAGCACUUCAAAAGUCUGUGUUUUGUGCAUGAAUGCACUGAGAGAUACGAAUGAUUGCAAAUGGAUAGACAGGCUUGCAGUGCUUGUAGAAAGUGUAGUUGGCAGGGGAGAGCCAGAAUCGAUUUGUGCAUUACUUGAAAGCAUCAUGCAUAGGAUCUCCGAGCUUCCACAGAAUCGUCUGGCUUCGGCUCUCAAUGCAAUGGAUGGAGCGAUAGAUCGCUUGAGCAAAUACCAAGACGUGGUUGUAUACAUGCUGUCUGCAAUCUGUGCGUUGUGCACUAAGUGUGGAACACCAGAGAUUAGCUCUGUUUGCAUGAGAUAUGCCAGGCAGAUGUAUGGUGGUUGGAAGAAAAAUACCAUGAAGGGAACUUUCUCGAAUCAUCUCGAUAAGGCAACGUUAGAAGUGCAAAACAACAUGCUUGCAGCAUGCAACGCACUGAAUGACUGUGAAGGGUUUGAUGAGGUUUGCAAUGAUUUGGCACGCAUGAAUAUAGACAUCAGCAAGCCAUUGUGCAUCUGCGCAUACAACACCCACAACAGGAAUUGCAAUUGCAAUCUUUCAAAAACUAAUCUCAUGGCUAAGAGAAGCAAAAAGCCGUCUGUAUUUGGGUUCUUGAAUAGAUGA